UGUCACCUCAUCAGAGCUUCGUCGCUAACCCUAAUCUAGACACAUAUAAUCUCUAACCCUAAUCUGUCUCGCGUUCUUGCUCUGCUAGAAUAGUGGGCUCAAGUUUGCUAUCCUGGUUGGCAGUGACUCGGCAGUCCAUGUUUUUUAUACUCAGCUAGCGCGUAGCUAAUCUCGGAGUCAACGUGCGACAGUUGCGAGGGUUGAAGUCUGGAGUUAGCGGUCUAAAUGUGGUUUUGGGAUGUGCGCUUGCCAACCACUGUCUGCUAACGAGUGAUUGACUAAAGCUUUAAGCCUUUUUCCUGAGGGAGCUUUGCAUCUCUCCGGCAGUGAUGGCACCUGCGCUUACUGUCCCGCGCGCCACUUGCGACUUCGCUCCGUGCCCUAAGUCCGUGCCGUUGCCCAUCACGGGAUGCCUGUGCGCGUGAGGAGCGGAGAGCGUGUUGCGGGAGCAAGCGGGGGGCAGCAAGGGGCGGGGGCCAAGCAGCGCGUGUGCGGAUACGAAAGUCCGGGAAGGUGGAGGAAGCGGGGCCAUGUACGGUGGGGAGGAGGAGAGCGCGGGGCGCAGUGAGGUGAGCUGAGCGGCUCCAGUGGGCGGAGCAGGGGGGUGGCCGUAGGGAAGCGAGUUUGGAAGUGAGUGGGAGCCGCGCGGGGAUGCUGCAGCAGUGCGACGGGUAGUGGGCAAAGGUGGGUGCACCCGGCGCCAUGGCCAUGUCGUCGCCUCGCCUCGCCGCCUUGUCAUCGCCCGUCGCCUCUCGCUCUCUCGCCCCGCCUGCCGCCGCUGCCAGCCCAGCCUCGUUCGGCAGUGCGGGCGGGCACGGGGAUAGCGGCAGUGACGGCGAUGCGAGCGCUGGUAGCGCGGGACGCAUAGGCGAGGUGGAGAGCGAGCAGGGGGCGGGUGGCAGCGGCGGAGCGGGCGAGGGCGUGGCGGGGGAGUCGCUGCUGCAGCAGCACAACAGGGCGCGCGCCGAGGAGGCGGUGGCCGCGCUAUCGAGUCCGGAUAUAUCGGAUCCGGAGGACAGCGAUGAGGAGGCGGAGGAGCGGGAGGAGGCGGAGCACACGCGGCAGGUGUUGGGCGGGGCGUACGCGAACGUGUUCGACCGCUACCACAUGGGCGCGGAGCUGGGGCGCGGGCAGUACGGCGUGAUCUGGCUGGCGACGGAGCGCGCGACGGGCGAGACGGUGGCGUGCAAGUCCAUCUGCAAGGCGAAGCUCGAGGGCCACGGCGACGUGCACGACGUGCGGCGGGAGGUGGCGGUGAUGCGCGCCGUGCGCGGGCACGGCGCCAUAGUGGAGCUGCGCGGCACGUUCGAGGACCGGCAGUGGGUGCACCUGCUCAUGGACGUGUGCCUGGGCGGCGAGCUGUACCAGCGCAUCCUGCAGCGCCACCGCUACCCCGAGAGCGACGCCGCUGCCGUGUGCCACACGCUGCUGCGCGUGGUGCAGCACCUGAACGCGCUGGGCCUCAUGCACCGCGACCUCAAGCCCGAAAACAUCCUGCUCGUCUCGCCGCACUCCCACACCCACGUCAAGGUCGCCGACUUCGGCCUCGCCACGCCCGUCGCCCCAGGCGAGCGGCUGGAGGGCAUGGCGGGCAGCGCGUUCUACAUCGCGCCCGAGGUGCUGGCGGGCGGGUACGGCGUGGAGGCGGACAUGUGGAGCGUGGGCGUGGUGCUCUUCAUCCUGCUCUCGGGCCUGCCGCCCUUCUGGGCGCCCUCCGAGGACGGCAUCUUCCAGGCCAUCGCGGCGGGCCGCGUGGACAUGGCGUCGGGCGUGUGGGAGGGCGUGUCGGCGGACGCCAAGGACCUGGUGGCGCAGAUGCUCACUCUCGACCCCGCCCACCGCAUCACUCCCGCCAAGGCUCUCAGUCACCGCUGGCUUCAGCAGCACUGCGGCAGCCUCACCAACGCGCCUCCAUCGCUGCCCUCCAAGCCCAGCUCUGCACCAGAUGCUGCCGCCCUCACUCCUGAUGUCUCCUCCCCCGCAGCAGCGACGCCAACAGCAGCAGCAACAAUAGUAAGAGCAACAGCAGCAGCAACAUCAGCAGCAACAGCAACAGCAGCAGCAACAACAGUAACAGCAACAGCAGCAACAGCAGCAACAGCAGCAGCAACAGCAUCAGCAGCAGCAACAGCAGCAUCUCCAGUCGUUGCCGCUGGCAGUUCUGGCAGCAGCACAGCAGCAGCGCUGGCGACAGCUGUGUUGCGCAGCAGUGGUCGCAGCAUUGGCAGCAGCGCCAGCAGGCGCAGGCGCGCUGUGGAUGGCAGCAGCAGCCGCGUGCUGGCAGCGCUGGGCGGGCGGGAGGAGGCGUGCAUGGGCGAGGGUGCAAGGGCGGUGGGUGGGAGCAGGGCGGGGGAGAAGUCAGAGCUCAUGGAGCUGCUGCAGCAGCAGAUGAAGGGCCGGGGGCGAGCGGGCAAGAAGAAAGGCAAGGCCACGGACGCACGCGCAUCAACCACUGGGGGAGCAGGGGCUGCCACUGCUGCUGUGGCCGGCAGCAGUGGCGGCAGUGGUGGCAGGGAUGGCCCUGGCGGGGGUGGUGGCAUGGGGAUCACGAAGCGCAGCAGCGUGGCGCGGCUGGUGUUUGAGGAGAUGCUCACAGAGGUGGCGGCGGGCAGGGGCAGGCGCAGCACCGCCGCGUCCAGACAGAAGGGCGCAGCCGCGCCAGGCAGUAGCGGCAGCAGCGCCUCCAUUGCUCGCUCGCGGUCGUCAGACGUGAGUGCACUCUUGGGCUCCGCCAAGGGGCCUCACUGUGACCCUCUGGGGCUGCCUGCGGGCGCUGGCGGCCUGCUGCGGGGCAGGAGGACGCUGAGCAGACGGUUUGAGCGAGAGGACGAGGAGGAAGGGGGCGUGGAUGAGGAGGGCGAUGCAGGGAGGGUGGCAGACGAGGAUGUGGAGACAGAUGGGGAUAAGGACGUGGACGCGGGGCACAGCAAGGUGGGUGAGGGUGUGGGCGAGGGCAGGCCUGAGAGGAGCCCCAAGCCUACGCCUGCACUGCACAGCCCGCUUGCCCAUGGCACGGUGCGGGAUGGCAGGCGGGAGGCGAGCAGGGAGGCAUGGCGAGUGGAGCGGGAGGGCAGCCGGCGGGUGGAGAAGGAGGAGCUGAUGCAGCUGCUGGCGACUGUGGAGGUGCACCUGGCGGCACCGCCCGACACCGCAGCGCCGUCUGGAGCAGUAGGGCAGCCCAGGCCAGGUGUGCCGCGCGUGUCCAGUGCAGAGGAUGUGGCGGCCAAGGGCAAGGCGGGCGGCAAGGCAGGCGAAGUGGAUGGGCGGCUGGCCAGCGGUCGCAGUGGCAGUGCGCGCGCCCCACUGCCUCCGCCUAUGGCGCGCGCCAAGACAGACGUGGGGUCCACCACUCUCGCUGCCACGCCCUCUCCUGUGCCUGCCACCGCGGCACCUGAUGCUGUUGCUGGGGUGGCAGCAGCAGCCGGGGCAGGCUCAGCAGCAGGCAGUGCGAGAGGGCUGGGUAUGGGAGGGGGGGCAUCGGGGGGUGGGGGUGGUGGCGUGGGUGCGAGCAGCAGCGGCGGCGGGCGGUUGUUGCGGCAUCGGUCGGAGGUGGUGGGGCUCAUGAGAGGCGGACCGGACGCUGACAGGGCCGGGCCCACUGCUGCUGCUGGCGCUGGUGGCGGGGGCGAUGGUGCGGGCAGGAGGGCGGGCAGGAAGACGAUGGGCGAGCUGCUGUCCGCCCUGAGCGACCUGGACGGCGUGGCCGCCCUCAGUGGGCUGGGAGGCACGCCUGGCAGCAAGGGCGGAGGGGGCAGGGAGGCGCGGGUGUGGGAGAAGGAAAAGGGAAAGGCGAAGGAGAGAGAAAAGGAGACGGCAGGUGGGGAGAUUGAGCAAGCUAACAAGGGCGCGGAAAGGGGUAUAGAGAUUAGUGCAGAUUUGGAGGGUUGUGAGAGUAGUGAGUCCAAGGAGCAGCAGCAGGAGCAGGGCGGGGUGAGAGUGCAGGAAGGGAGUGAUUCAGGCGCAGUGAGUGGUGAGGAGGGUGAGACGAGGGAUGGUGGUGAGGAGCGGCAGGACAAGGUGGUGGAUGGUGCGCGAGAGAGUGAGGAGGAAGGGCAGAUGGAGGCGUGGGAAUGGGAGGAGAAGGAGAGGAUGCGAGUCAAGGAGGAGCGGGAGCAAGAAGUGCAGCCACCUCAUGAAGCCGCGCCCACAGCAGCAGCAGCAGCAAUGGCACAGGGCAUGGCAGACCCUGUAGCAGCAGGCAGCUCAUCUGUUGCCUCUUGGCGCCGCCUUGUCUCCCUGCCCCUCUAUGCGUCUGCCCCUAACGCCACUCCUGCCAUGGCACCGCAAGGGCUGUGGGACAGCGGUGAUGCCAUGGCAGGCGGGCACUCUGCGCUUGGGGCUGCAGCACUUGCAGGUGCCGACGAUGGCCAGGGGGUGGCAAGGCGCCGCUCCUUGCAGCACUCCUCAUUCAGGGGGGCGCCGGGUGCGCCAGGUGGCAGCGGCACCCCAUCAGCCCCCAGUCCUGCGCAGCGAGUGGCGCUGCGCUCUCUCUCCACCCACGCCCUGCGCGCCUCCUAUGCCUCAGGCCUCUCACCCUCACCAGCAGCAGCGGCAGCAGCGCGGCAGGCCAUCACACCUCAGCCCUCGCCGCACUUGCAUGCUGCUGCUGCUGCUGCUGCUGCCAUGGGCAAGGGGAGGUGGGCCAUUGCUGGAGGUGCCGCUCGUGCUGUAGCAGCAGCAGCAGCAGCAGCAGCAGCAGCAGCGGGGGCAGGGGAGGCAGAGGAGGGUGAUGUGGUGAGCCAACCCUUCUCUCCUGCCGCCACGCCCACAUGGGGUGCUGCCAGAGCGCGCUUCCCCCCGUCCUCCACGGAGCCCCUCACGCUCCCCCCGCGCUCCCCUCUGCCCCACGCCAAGUCGCUGAGCGGCACCAUUGCCGCUAACGGCUUUGCGCCCAACUGGAACAGUGGAGGCGCCGGGGGUGGCGGGGCAGGGGGGGCGAUCAGCAGCAGUAGCAGCACUAGUAGCACUUGCAGCGGCAACAGCACCACAGGGAGCAGCACGAGUAGCAGCAGUUUCAGCGGCAACAGCAGCAGUCGCAGUCAGGCAGGCAGCAAGUCAUGGGGCUCUGGAAGUGGCUACAACGUGGCCCAGGGGCAACAAGCCAUGCCUCACAACUCGCACCUCACUGCCCCCGUCUCGCCUUGCCCUCUCUCCCCCCAAUCGCAUGCCGCACCACUCACCCAUCCUCACUCCUUCCGUCCAACAUCUCCCCUCUCUCGUUCCCCUAGUCCAGCCUCCCUCUACUCCCACCCUCCACUCACCUCCGUGCCUUCCUCCCAUGCUGCCACUUUCGACCCAUCGCAGCCCUUUCCCUCCCCCCACCACUCGCCCCUGCCCUCCUCCGCGCCCCACCUCAUGGCCCCCGUCUCCCACACCUUUCCCUCCCACCCUGACCCCCACUCCCCCAUGCCGUCUCGCCAUGCCCCCACGGCCCCCUCCUUUCCCAACUCACCCCGAGGCGAGCCACGCUUCAAGAGCAGCGUGAGCUUUGGGGGGGGUGUGGGGCUGCCUGCAGGCAGUGGGGCAGCAGCGGUGCCAGGGGGGCACAUGCGCUCCGCUCUCCAUCGCACCGCAUCUGCCACAGCUGCUGCCGCUCCCUCAUUCUCUGCUGCUAACCGUGCACCCGGCAGCAUCACUCUUGCCUUGCCCUACAACCCUCCCACGUCGUUUGCAGCUGCCAGUGCAGCGCCAGGGCCAUACGGCUCGUACGGGUCGGGCACGGGGCUCAUCCCCGACGACCAGGCCUUCUGCCGCCCACUGUACCCCGCGCCUGACAGCGCCUUCCCGCUGUCGCCCCUGCCUGCGCCCCACCACCAUGACUACAGCCAUGCGCUGUACCACCUGCCAGCUGAGCCUGGCAGCGGCGCUGGCGAGGGGGAUGGGUACGGCAUGGGCUAUGGUGUGGCAAAUGCCGACACUCUCCGGUCUCUCCAUCGGGGGCAAGGGCCGGGACACAUGGGGCGAGGUGUGCGGUCCACCUUGCCACACUCGCACAGCAUGCAGCAGCACGAGGCCAUGGCUGAAGGAGAUAUGUAUGCACCUGGCGCUGCUGUGGCCGAGUAUGAGGACGAGGGGUAUUCGGUAGGGGCUGCAGGAGGGUAUGGUAAUGGGCAGCAGUGGGAAGGCGAGGCGUCUGGUUUCUUGUCUCGCAAGUACAGCUUUGAGAACGGGCAAAGAGGAGUGGCAGGUGGCUCGAGUGUGGAGGGCACGUGGAUGUACGGAAGAGAAGGGAAUGAUGUGGCAGGGAGGCGGGAGAUGCAACGGAUGGACAAGGGAGGGAGGAGGGGACGGGAAACACGAGGAGUGCGAGAGCUGCAGAGAACAGGAGAGGUGGUGUCGUCGUCUGUUGCUACCGCCAGUACAGCCAGCAGCAGCUUGGGUGUGGGAGGUAGUGGGGGUGAGAGGGUGAGGUCGGAGAGGAGGAAGCAGCUGCUGCGCCAGAGGUCACAGGAUGCUGCAACGGCUGCAGCACGGGUGAUGGGGGCAGGGGGGGUGGGGCGCUUGAGAGUGGAGAAUGAGGUGCACGCAACGCGCACCAUCAGCCUCAACACAGGCCAUGGCGCCAUGAGCCGGGACACGUCAGCUGGGUCUGGUGGGUCGGCGUCGCCUCUGGAGUCUCCGUGUGUGAGCUGGGUGGGGGACGACGCCAUGGAGGCGGGCGAUGGCAUGGGGGAGGGCAUAGCGCUCGUGAUGAGGCGCGAAGGCAUGCUGCCCAUGCAAAGGGGUGGGGGCCAGUGUGAGGAGAGGGACGGUGAGGGCAAUGGAAGGAGGGAGGAUGAGAGGGGGUCGGGGAGUGAGUGGGAGGAAAGCAUGGAGGGAAGUGAUGAAGAGGAGGCGCAGGGGGGGCAGGAGGAAGCUUACAGUGAGUGGAGCGAUGACACGCAGUCGAGGUCGGGGUCAGAGGGGGCGUGGGGAAGGGACGAGGAGGAGAGGGACGGGGGUGCGAGAGUGAGCAAGGAUGUGCUGGUGGACGCGCCAAGAGAGAGGAGCGCUUCUGUGAGUGAUGGGGAUAGCUAUGGGGAAGAAGAUGCUUCAGACGGGUGGAGUGCCAGGAGUGAAGAGAACGGAGGGGGGGGUGCGCACUGGCCGCAGGAGAGGGAGAGGGAUAGGGACCGCUCUAAGGGUUGCAGCAGGGAGAGAGCGAGGGAAAGUGAGAGAGAUUGGGAUGAUGAGAGGUGUAGAUACAGAGAGAGGGAGAAGCAUGGAGACAGGGAAAGAGGAGGAGCUUGGCCGAGGGAUUGGGUUCGAGAUGGGGCAAGAGACAAAGAGCGAGUGAGGAAUGGAGACCUGGAGGGGGGCAGGGAGGAAAAUGUGAGAGAAAGAGUCAGGGUGAGGGAGAGUGAUGAUUCUAAGUCCAAGCACAGGGACAAGAGUCGGGAGCGGGGCAGCAAGCACUGCGACAAGUCAAGCAGGCACAAGGAGAAGCGAGGAUCGAAGAGCAGAGACGCGUACUUGGAACCGGACAGGGACCAAGAGCAUGGGAGGGAGCGGGCUAGGGAGAGGGAGAGGGACAGAGACAGGGAUAGCAACCGAGACAGAGGAGGAGAGAGAGAGCGGGAGCGGCAUGAGCGCACCAGGGAGAGGAGCAAAGAGAGGCGUAGGCACAAGGAAAGGGAGAGAAGCAGUGACAGGGAGAGGAGCCGGGAGCGAGAUGGGGCAGGGAGGAAGGAGAAACGCAGGGACAGGGAGAAGGUGAAGGAAGGGGAGAAGCAGAGCCGAAGCAAGGAUGUUGAACAGGAGCGCGAGGUCACUAGGGACAGGGACAGAGAUAGAGACAGGGACAGGGACAGGGACAGGGACAGGGACAGAGACAGAGACAGGGACAGAGACAGGGAGAGACCAAGGGAUCGAGACACUGGUAAAACAAAGGAGAGACGCAAGGAGAAGGACCAAGAGGGAGAGUGGGAAGGAGAGCGAGAAAGGCAACGUGAUAAGGAGGAUGAAAGGGCGCGAAGCAGAGGUUUGGGAGGUGAAGGUAAAGUAGAGUUUGCGGGAAGUGGUGGUAGGGAGAAAGCGAGAGAUAAAGAGAGAGAAAGGAACCGUGAUAAGGAAAGAGGGAGCGAGAGGAAUCGACAGAGGGAUAAGGAGAGAGACAGAGACAGGGAUAGGGAGAGAGACAGGGAGAGGGAAAAGGAGAGAGAUAGGGACAGGGAUAAGGAGAGAGAAAGUGAGAAAGAGAGGGACCGGGAUAUAGGGAGAGCGAGUUCUAGGCACAAGGAGGACAGGACGCGUGAGCGGGAUAGGGAAAAGGGGGAAAGAGACAGAGACAGGCACAGGGAGGGCAAGGACAAAGAGAAGAGCCACAGCAAGGCCAAGAGGCUAGAGAGAGGGAAGGAGCAGAAUCAUGACAGAGAAAAGGUUAGCAGAAGUCACAAGGAGAGGUAAUAGGGACCUAGCUUCAGCAACACUCAGGCAGUGUAUUACAGCCCAAUGUGUUCGUCCUAUCUGAGGUGACUGCGUGGCUUAACACUCUGCUCAACCAUCUGCAGCCGCGCAUGAUACACAACACACCAGUUUCUGCUCCCACUUGCACUUCCCUCUUUCAUCCAUUUCAUCCACCCCCCCGUUCAGCCUCUCAUCUUAUCCUGGUUCAUGUCCAUGCACGCACUACCUUCCAUCUUGAAUGUACCGCCUAAUUUUGCUCCGCAAGUUCCCAAUAUGAUGUUUUUUGCUGUCUAAUUGGUAGUGACGUCCCCUUAUGACUGAUAAUUUACUGCUCUCAAUAUUUUCUUACACUU